AUGGUCUUCUGUCACACGCCCCACCGUGGCUCCGCCGCUGCCUCCGCCUUCGCCGUUUCCGCGAUCCGCGCUGCCGUUUGCGAGCAGAGUGCAUUCAGUUCAAGGGACUGGCUGAACUUGGCCCAGUUGUCCCGCGCAUGGCAGGACGUUGCAGAAGAGCAUGUGUGGGAGAAGCUUGACAGCGUAAUACCGCUUCUGCGACUGUUGCCCCAGGAUGCCUGGACAGCGUGUGCUGAAGAAUGCAUGCACGACUUUACAGCGCCGAGAUUGAGCCUCCUUCGUCUGCUUCGCCCAGAAGACUGGACAUCAUCUUUGCGAAGACGCGCCGGAUACGUCAAAGACCUUCGUCUCUCACCAUUCGACCUCAGCCUCGAGGAUCAGCGCAAGAUCAUCGAAUGCCCUAUCAACGGCAACUGGUUUCCUCGCCUUCGAGCGCUUACCCUACGCGGCGACCCAUCUGGACUUGACGUCGUCGACGACAACUUCUUGGCCCUCUUUCUUUCGCCCUCUAUCACGCAGCUAACUUGCGAGGGGAUGCAGGGGUGGCCGAUCAGCAACUGGAAGAUCCUGGUGUUUUCUCGCUGCCCUCGUCUCUCUUGUCUGACCAUGAUAGACACUUUCGACUUGGAUAUCUUAGGAGGGUCGCAAUACGGCGCAUUCCGGCCAAUGCGCUUCUUCCGUUCUUUUUUGGACGCGACUCAGUCAUGUGCUACCCUCACACACGCUACCCUCAUGCUUCCGUACAGCCGCGACCUCGUCCUUUCGCUUGCUGCAUGCCCUGCGCUGAAGAAUUUGGCAUGGACAUCAGACCCGGGCCAAUAUCUACCGCAUGCGACUUCUGUUCCAUAUCCUAGUUUUCCUUCCCUCCGCUGCCUCGACUUCGACUACCUGCCAAUGUGGUUGGCACGCUCCAUCAUCGAAGCCGGCCUCGCUCGUCCCAUGGAGACGAUAAUUGUGCGGCACGCGCUGUGUACUCAGUCGGAGUUCGAGAGGGCGGUCGCUGCCACAGCACGAUGCUGUCUGCCCGACACGCUGACCGUCUUCGCGCUCAAGAAGCUGGGAUGGUCGUUAAAGUUCGCCCAGACGAGCAUCGUUGGUCGUAGGGAUACACUCGCUGCGCUGGCUGUGUUUCACAACCUCGAGUCCGUCUAUAUUGGAACUUUGAGCAUCGAGCCGGACUGGGCGGACGCGGAGUGCUGGUGGCCUCGCCUUAGACGAAUCUACCCCAGCAUUCGAAGCGGGAUGUUGGGUGAAGCUGGGGCGACGAUGGAGAAAACAACAUAACGAACAGUAUGUGGCCGAGAGGCAACGAUGUGGGCGUACGAGAGCCUCCCUCACUGUAUACGUCCUCUGUAUACCA